CGGUCGUCGACCGGUCAAACAUUUUGGACAGAUCUUUAAACGAGCAUCAUUCCUGAAAGUAACUAGUUCAAACGACCAGUUGGCCCAGUGCAAUCGGGAAAUGAUUAAACCCCGGUAAUCUAACGACUAGACAAGCAGUACCGUCGCCGUCGUCGUAUCUAAUUCAUAGUUUGUAUGAGACGGAGAAAGAAGACCGGAGUCAGAGGGCAAAGAUGGUAGCUCGAAAAUUCCUUGUUCGUUGCAGUGACUCCACCUUUGACGUCGAUUACGACACCGAUGAUGGCGUCGAAGUUUUCAAAUUCCAACUUUUUUCGCUCACUUCAAUUCCUCCUGAUGAGCAGAAGAUUAUUGGAGGAGAUGAUGAUCGUGUCGUCUCUGACGACUCUGAUCUUGUCGCAAUCCCUAACGAGCUCAAAUUGGUAUCCAUCAGCGAUGAGGACAAGAACAAGGUUCAUGAAUCAACGAGUAAUGCUGGUGCUGUAGUGCAGGAUAAUGUCAAUUCAUUGAUAUCUGACGAGGAAUUUGCGCGAAGACUGCAGGCAGAGGAAGAGGCGUUGAUGUUGCAGGAGUUUGCUGUUAGUGAUCAAAGCCGACAGUUUGAGCAGAGAAUAAGGCCUUAUGUUAGUCAAGUUUUAAUGUAUGAGGACCCUCUGCGCCAGGAGGCAGCACGAAAAACAGUUCCUGUGGAAGAGCUUGAAGAGAAAGCAGUGGUUUCUUUGGCCAAGGAGGAGAAUUUUAAAGCAUCAAAAAUCGAACAAGACCAUGCUUUCCUCCUGCAGCUGCUUUUCUGGUUCAAAGGAUUUUUCAGGUGGGUUAAUGCACCUCCUUGUGAUGGUUGUGGCAAUAACACCAUUAAUCAAGGAAUGGGUGUUGCCCUCCCUUCUGAAAGUCAAUAUGGAGCAACUCGAGUUGAGCUUUAUCGCUGCAAUUCUUGUUCAAGGGUUACUCGGUUCCCACGGUACAAUGAUCCAUUAAAGCUUGUGGAAACUCGAAGGGGUCGCUGUGGGGAGUGGGCCAAUUGCUUUACACUUUACUGUCGAGCUUUUGGCUAUGAAUCUCGUCUGAUCCUGGAUUUCACUGAUCAUGUUUGGACAGAGUGCUUCUCUCCAUAUUUGGGAAGAUGGAUGCAUCUCGACCCAUGUGAAGCAGUAUAUGACAAACCAUUGUUAUAUGAAAAGGGGUGGGGUAAGAAAUUGAAUUAUGUCAUUGCAAUAGCAAAAGAUGGAGUUCAUGAUGUCACUAAACGUUACACAAGGAAGUGGCUUGAGGUUUUGUCCCGACGAAACAUUAUCACAGAACCACUUUUGUCAGUUGCUCUCACUAAUAUGACAAAAGACUGCAGAAGAAACUUGACAUCCCAAGUUCUUUCCUUGCUUGAAGACCGUGACAAAAAUGAAUCAGAAGAACUCGAGAGGCUUUUGCAUUCGGUAGAUGAUGAUGCAGUCUCAUUGCCUGGAAGGCAAAGUGGGGACAAAGAAUGGCGCAUUUUAAGAUCAGAAAUUGGUUCAAAUGAAGAUUACUCUUUCAGUUGUUCUACUUGCGCUGUUCGUUUAUGUGUAGAUGUACAUGUGACGAGGAUUUACAAUGCAUUUUCCCCUGUUCUUUCGCAGUUUGUUGAGAACUCUCUUUCUAAAUCUAGAGCUGUUGAAAUACUGAAGAUCUUUAAGGGUAUUUUGGUGGAUCUUCGAAAUUCCCCCUAUAAAACAAGGAGGACUUCCAUAAAUCCUUUUGUACUUCAUUUCCUGCCUUACUUUGAUGAGUUACUUAAUGCCCUUUCACUGAAGAGUGAGAUUGACUCUGAUGAAAAAGUAAAUGUAUGUUUAGCGGGUGAUCCUGUUAAAACAUCUUUAGCACUGCCUGUUGCAUUGGAUGCUUUGGAUGAUAUGAUCUUCAGUCUUAACAAAUGUGAUUGCUUAAAUAAAGCUUUACUUUCCUCGCCAUUGAUGAGAUUGAACAGAAUCCAUUCUGGUUCAGUUUUUGCAAGUGGUGAGGAACUUCCUUUUGGAAUUGCGACAUCAGCAUUUGAUGGACUUCGUACUACUAAAUGGGAAGAACCAAAUGGUGCAAAAGGUGGUUGGAUCGUUUAUAAACUUCCAGACAACCAAAUGCAUGAACUGGUGGCAUAUGAUUUAAUGUCAGCCAAUGAUGCCCCGGAGAGGGAUCCAAUGGAUUGGCUUGUCGAGGGAACCAAUGAUGGGGGAUCCAGUUGGCUUGUCUUGGAUAAACAGACUUCUCAGGUGUUUGACAAUCGUUUUCAGCGGAGAUCUUUCAAAAUCAGAUCGGAAGGUUUCCUAUGUAAUACUUUUAGGUUCAGAUUUCUGGCAGUCAGAGAUGUUCAAUCAACUUCACGGCUGCAGUUGGGUAGCAUUGACCUAUAUGCAAAAGCAAGAGCAAGUAAUUCAUAAUGAUCAACCUCACUGAAUAAUUACUGACAAACAAAGUACAAAAUCAGCAUUUCGGUUGGUCUUGCAUUUAUUGCAACACUGCAUGGCCUCGGACCAGAAUAUGGCCUCCUCUGUCUGGAUUGUUUGUUGUCCCUUAUUUAACAAAAUAAUUUUUUCUGAAUAUCUUGUCAUAGUCCUAAACAAACAAUGAAACAGACUUGUGUAAAACACUUGCUACAUUAGAAUUGUGUGUAAUAAUUUAUCUUCGAUGCAGAGUAUUUAUUUCAAUAUGAAAGAGACGUGUAAACACUACUCCUUUGGAAUUGUGUAAUGAUUAUUUUCUGUUUAGAAACUUUUUAUUUCAAUAA